UGCGGAGCCUGUGCUGGCAUCCCAGCCGCCUGUGUGCGGCGUGCGGGUCACCUCUGGGUCUGGGAGUGAGGCUCGGCCACUGACCCCUCCUCUGGGGGUCAGACUCGCCCGGCAGACCCCAUGAGAGGAUGGUGGACACACUGCAGUUCUUGGGACUUUCUGGGGUGUUCUGCUCCUUGAAACUGCCUCCUUGGCCCUGGCGUGAGUCCAGGCUGCCCUGUGAAAGCCACGCCCUCACCAGCCUGCAGGACUGGUUAGCCUCAGCAGGAAUCGCUGGGCUCCGUUCAGAGCCGGCAAGGGAAUGAACGCAAGCCGGAAAAGCCUGUGUUUUGGUUUGGAACUUUUGUUUUUAAUCCUCUCAUGGUGAGAUAAACUAGGCUAACAAAGCAUUUUUCCUGUAUUAUAAAGUUCAUCAAAGCAGACACCAGCAGAGCGACCUCUGUAAAAGUCACACCAGACUCUAAAGGACUUGAAACUAACCACCACCCAGACUCCUUCGGAGAUGCCUGCUGUUUUCGUGGCAGGAGAUAGAGAAGUGUCAUCGGUUGAGGCAGCCCAUGGGAUCUCAAGGCCACUGUCAGCUAGGCACCAUCUCUCCUUCCUUGCUUUCCUGCUGCUGCUGGACGGAGGCAUGUUCUCACCGUCCUCCCCGCCCACCGGGCUGCUAGAGAAAGUCUUCCAAUACAUCGAUCUCCAUCAGGAUGAAUUUGUACAGACGCUGAAGGAGUGGGUGGCGGUCGAGAGCGACUCGGUUCAGCCCGUGCUGCGCCUCCGACGAGAGCUGCUCAGAAUGAUGGGCCUGGCUGCAGAGCGGCUCCGGCUCCUGGGAGCCCGCGUGGACUCGGUGGACGCGGGGCUUCAGCAGCUGCCUGAUGGUCAGAGCCUCCCGAUACCUCCCAUCAUCCUGGCCGAACUGGGGGAUGAUCCCAAGAAGCCCACUGUGUGCUUCUACGGCCACUUAGACGUGCAGCCUGCCAGACAGGAGGACGGGUGGGUCACAGACCCUCACACGCUGACGGAGGUGGACGGAAAACUGUACGGCCGAGGAACGACAGACAACAAAGGCCCUGUUUUAGCGUGGAUCAACGCUGUGAGCACAUUCAGAGCCCUGGACGAGGAUCUGCCCGUGAACGUCAAAUUUGUCAUCGAGGGGAUGGAGGAGGCUGGUUCUCCUGCCCUGGAGGAACUUGUCCAGAAAGAGAAGGCCGGGUUCUUCUCAAGCGUAGACUACAUCGUGAUUUCAGACAAUCUGUGGAUCAGCCGGAGGACGCCCGCGCUCACGUAUGGGACGCGAGGCAACAGCUACUUCAUGGUGGAGGUGAAGUGCAGAGAUCAGGAUUUCCACUCGGGGACCUUUGGUGGGAUCCUUAACGAACCUAUGGCGGAUCUGGUCGCUCUUCUUGGCAGCCUGGUGGACUCUUCUGGCCGAAUUCUGAUCCCUGGAAUCUAUGACCACGUGGCUCCUGUUACAGAGGAGGAGAAGAGAACAUACGAAGCCAUCAAUCUGGACCUCGAGGAGUACCGGAAGAGCAGCCAGGUUAAGAAGUUUCUGUUUGACACCAAGGAGGAACUUCUAAUGCACCUGUGGCGAUACCCAUCUCUUUCUAUUCAUGGGAUUGAGGGCGCGUUUCAUGAGCCUGGAGCCAAGACAGUCAUCCCUGGCCGAGUGAUAGGAAAAUUUUCAAUCCGUCUAGUCCCUCACAUGAACAUGUCUGUGGUGGAGAAGCAGGUGAAGCAGCAUCUUGACUAUAUAUUCUCCAAAAGAAAUAGCUCCAACCAGAUGACUGUAUCUAUGACGCUAGGACUACACCCGUGGACUGCAAAUACUAGAGAUAAUCAGUAUCUUGCGGCAAAAAGAGCCAUCAAAACAGUGUUUGGGACAGAGCCAGACAUGAUCCGAGAUGGAUCAACCAUACCCAUUGCCAAAAUAUUCCAGGAUACCAUCCAGAAGAGUGUGAUGAUGCUUCCGCUGGGCGCUGUUGACGAUGGAGAGCAUUCUCAGAAUGAGAAAAUGAACAGGUGGAAUUACAUAGAGGGAUCCAAAUUAUUUGCUGCCUUUUUCCUGGAGAUGGCUAAGCUGCAUUAAUCAUGGUAGAAACCUUCCAGCCUAAGUCUGACCUACUGACAGAUCCCCUUUCACACAACCCUGGGCAGG